ACACGCUCCACUGACACAAGCUUCACGCUGCCGGGCAGCUGCUGAUCACGCGUGGCACAGCGAGCCCAUUGGCCGGCGCCUCACACACCUUUGCCGCUGAUUGGUCGGCCGCAGGCUCCGCCCCCGCUCCCGCCCGCGGCUCAGGGCAGGCAGAGCGGCUACCUGAAUGGGGAGGGGGCAGACGGCGCGGAGCGCAGCAGCGGCGGGAGCGGCGUCGAGUGUCUCCCGGCGUCCGUCUGUGGCCAGGCAGCCAGCAGCAGCCUAGCAGCCAGUCAGCUCGCCGGCGGCCAGGCAGCCAGCCAUGCUCAACUUCGGCGCUUCUUUCCAGCAGGCUGCGGAGGAAAGAAUGGAAAUGAUUUCUGAAAGGCCAAAAGAGAGUGUGUACUCCUGGAACAAAACUACAGAGAAAAGUGAUUUUGAAGCUGUAGAAGCACUUAUGUCAAUGAGUUGCAGUUGGAAGUCUGAUUUUAAGAAAUACAUGGAAAACAGACCUGUUACACCAGUAUCUGACAUGUCAGAGGAAGAAAAUCUACUGCCAGGGACACCUGAUUUUCAUACGAUCCCAGCAUUUUGUUUGACUCCACCUUACAGCCCCUCUGACUUUGAACCCUCUCAAGUGUCAAAUCUGAUGGCACCAGCGCCAUCUCCUGGGCACUUCAAAUCAUUCUCAGAUACUGCUAAGCCUCACAUUGCUGCACCUUCCAAGGAAGAAGAAAAGAGCCCAGUAUCUGCCCCCAAACUCCCCAAGGCUCAGGCAACAAGUGUGAUUCGUCAUACAGCUGAUGCCCAACUUUGUAACCACCGAUCGUGCCCAGUAAAAGCAGCCAGCAUCCUUAACUAUCAGGACAAUUCUUUUCGAAGAAGAACCCACCUAAAUGUUGAGGCUGCAAGAAAAAACAUACCAUGUGCUGCUGUGUCACCAAACAGAUCCAAAUGUGAGCAAAUCACAGUGGUAGACGUUGAUGAGAAAGCAAGUGCUGCACUUUAUGACUUUCCUGUGACUUCCUCAGAGACAGUCAUCUGUAGGUCUCAGCCAGCCCCCAUGUCCCCAUCCUCACAACAGAAGUCGGUGUUGGUCUCUCCACCUGCAGUAGCCACGGGAGGAGUGCCACCCAUGCCAGUCAUCUGUCAGAUGGUUCCCCUUCCUGCAAAUAAUCCUAUGGUGACAACAGUUGUUCCCAGCACUCCACCCAGCCAGCCACCAGCAGUCUGCCCUCCUGUUGUGUUCAUGGGCACUCAGGUGCCCAAAGGCGCCGUUAUGUUUGUUGUGCCCCAGCCUGUUGUGCAGAGCCCAAAACCUCCAGUGGUGAGCCCAAAUGGCACCAGACUCUCUCCCAUUGCCCCUGCUCCUGGGUUUUCCCCUUCGGCCUCAAAAGUCACUCCUCAGAUUGACUCAUCGAGGAUAAGAAGUCACAUCUGCAGCCACCCAGGAUGUGGCAAGACAUACUUUAAAAGUUCUCAUCUAAAGGCCCACACGAGAACACAUACAGGAGAAAAGCCUUUCAGCUGUAGCUGGAAAGGUUGUGAAAGGAGGUUUGCCCGUUCUGAUGAACUGUCCAGACACCGGCGAACCCACACAGGUGAGAAGAAGUUUGCCUGUCCCAUGUGUGACCGACGGUUCAUGAGGAGUGACCAUUUGACCAAGCAUGCCCGGCGCCAUCUGUCAGCCAAGAAGCUCCCAAACUGGCAAAUGGAAGUGAGCAAGUUAAAUGACAUUGCUUUACCCCCAACCCCUGCUCCCACACAGUGACAGUUUGGAAGGCUAAGAAUCAGAACUAACUUUGGUCACAGCUGGGAGCCAGUGAUGAUGUGAAAAUGCUUCCACUGCAAGUCUGUGGCCCUCCAGUGUGGGCUGAAAACAGAAGCCGCACAGCUGGGGGCGAAGACCCAGCCUGGGUUAGAUGAAAGAAGUGCUUCGGUCACAGGCAGGUCACAGAAUGGCAGGUUUCAUUUCUUAUCACAUAAGAGAGAUGAGAAAGCUUUUAUUCCUUUGAAUAUUUUUUGAAGGUUUCAGAUGAGGUCGGCACAGGUAGCACAGAUUUUGAAUUUGUGUGCACAUUUGUUACUUUACUUUUGCUGUUUUUACUUGAGACCAACUUUUCAAUGUGAUUCUUCUAAAGCACUGGUUUCAAGAACAGAGACUGGAAAUAAACAUUACGGUACAGAGUUGGAGAUGUAAAAUCAGUUUGUAUUAUUACAGAUAUUGUCAUCUUUUCCUAGAGUUAUCUUGUUUACUAUUUCUAGUUUUUCCAGUCAACUUUGUGGAUGUAGUUGUUAAAUAUAUCUUAGAACUAUCAUUUUUACACUAUUGUUGAUAUUUGGAAUUGAAUGGCUGUAAUAUCGCUAAAGAGGGCCAAUGGGUUGGAUUCCUCAUUAAUUUAAUUGCUUUGAAGUAGCUAAAAAUUUUUUUCAUUUUUUUUUGUAAGUUUAACAAAUGAUUAUAUAUAGGCAUUUUAUUAUGCUUUGAACUUUAGUUUGCCUGCAGUUUCUUGUGUAGAUUUGAAAAUUGUAUACCAAUAUGUUUUCUGUAGACUAUAUGAUACACUGCACUUUGUUUAGAAAAAAAAAUCUGAAGACAAAAAUAUAUAUUGUAAAGAAGGGAUAUCAAGAACUUUAGAUAACUCCUUGAGAAAGAUGGCUUUUGUUAUGAAGAUAUAAUGUGAGCUUUAUUGAAUUAGAAAGUUAGUGACCAUUAUUCACAGAUGGACAAGUGUUGUCCUAUUAAUUUAUAGGAGUUUUUUGGGGAUGUGGAGAGGUAGGUAGGUAGAAAAAUUAUGAAAACAUUCACUUUUGUUAACAGUAUUUCUGUUAUAUUGUAUAGAGAAUGAUAUACACAGUGGUAAAACAAAAGUAAGUUGUUAAAAAUAUAUAGUGAAAAAUGUCACUAUAUCUGCACAUUUAACAUUUUUCUGUACAUUGGGUGUAGAUUUCUGACAUUAAAAUUUGGAUCCUUGAAAAACAAAAAAGAGUUUUCUCUUUAAAAAAAAUCCUUGUGACUUACAAUUUGCACAGUAUUUCUUUUGUUGUACUUUAUAUCUUGUUUACAAUAAAGAAUUUCCUUUGGUAUA